CCAAAACAAAAGCCAAAAUAGCGCAUCGUCUAUAAAAAUGGUUUUUAAAUGAUUGUUGUCGACUGUUUAUGUUCGAGUGCAUUCCUGACAUUUGUCAUUGUCUUUUCUCUGGCUUGUGUGUGAGGCUGCGGGCGGUUACUGAUGUCGUUGGUUGAGUAUUGAGCUCCCAUCUGACCUACUUUCGUACUUCGCAUCAGCUCAGCGCUGUUUACAGGCGCUCGUGAGCGGAGGAUGUGGACCCGGUAGCGAGAAAACAUAGCCGAAACGCCGAGUAGCGUGCCCCCCUCUGCCGCUUUACCAUGGGAUCCUUCAGUUAGUGUGUUUUGUGCAUAUUUUGUCCCGUUUCCGACUUCAGAGUGGCUCGUGGGUUGUUUGUGGCGAAGUCGAGCUCACUCGUGGCUUCAGUAUGAGAGGCGCGGACGAGGGCAAAAGUGAAGUGUGGACCUGUCCUUAACGCUCGGUUCUGCUGUUUCCAUCAUUACCUAAAGUAUUUAAGGACUGACUACUCAUAAGAACAUAACUGCAGCAUCUCUUGGCUGCCAAUCAUCAGUGGGGUAACACCAGUGGCUGGCUAUCAGAGAUUUGUGAGUAGUGGCUAACCACUAGCAUUGGGUGGUUAGCAUGUGGUGUCUAUUUGAAUUCUGAGGGUGUUUCAAGUGUAGAAGACACGAAUGGGACACGCCAGCCUUUCUAGACGGCCUGAAUGGGAGAAGGAGUGAGCAUGGACAACCUUUCGGAGUUUGGAGGCCUUUGUCCGUCCACCCGGAGGGAAUGGGACACAGGCAGCUGUGUGGAUGAUUUAAUGGAUGAAGAUGAGAAGGACAGAGCAAAAAGGGCGUCCCGUAAUAAAUCAGAGAAGAAGAGAAGAGACCAGUUCAAUGUUCUCAUUAAAGAGCUGUGUACAAUGCUGCAGGGUCAAGGUCACCCCCGCAAGAUGGACAAAUCCACCAUCCUGCAGAGGACCAUUGACUUCCUGCAGAAACAGAAAGAGAUCACUGCGCAAACAGAAUCUUGUGAGGUCCGACAGGACUGGAAGCCUUCUUUCCUCAGCAACGAAGAAUUCACCCAGUUAAUGCUGGAGGCAUUGGAUGGUUUCCUAAUAGCUCUUACUACAGAUGGGAAUAUCAUAUAUGUAUCUGACAGUGUCUCGUCUCUCAUUGGUCAUCUGCCGUCAGAUAUGGUGGACCAGAACAUUUUGAACUUCCUGCCAGAACGAGAGCACGGAGAGGUGUAUAAACUUCUGUCAUCACACAUGCUCUUGACGGAGCCUUCUGCUUUGGACCUACUCAACAGCAAUGAGACGCACGUUGAGUUCUGUUGUCAUGUAGCAAGAGGGAACAUUGACCCGAAAGAACCACCCACAUACGAAUAUGUCAAAUUUGUUGGAGAUUUCAAGUUUCAUAAUAAUGUGCCUCUGUCCUCAUGUAAUGGUUAUGAGCUGGCAUUCCCACGCACACUGCAGUCCUCACUAGAGGAGCAGAUCUGUCUCAUAGCCACAGUGAGACUUGCGACCCCUCAGUUCCUGAAGGAUCUGUGCAACGUGGAGGAUGUGUGUGAUGAAUUCACAUCAAGACACAGUCUGGAAUGGAAAUUUCUCUUCUUAGAUCACAGGGCCUCUCCUAUCAUUGGGUACCUACCGUUUGAGGUUUUGGGGACCUCGGGUUAUGAUUACUACCAUGUGGACGACCUGGAGCUGAUUGCUCAGUGUCAUAAACAAUUGAUGCAGUGUGGGAAAGGAAAAUCCUGUUACUAUCGGUUUCUGACUAAAGGGCAGCAGUGGAUCUGGCUGCAGACACACUAUUACAUCACAUACCACCAGUGGAACUCCAAACCAGAGUUUAUCGUCUGCACACACAGUGUGGUCAGCUAUGCUGAAGUCCGAGCAGAGAGAAGGAGAGAGUUUGGAUUGGAGGAAAGCUCAUCUGAUAUGGCAACAUCUUCAAUCAAGGGGCAGGAAGUGUUCUUGGAUAUGUGUCCUCCUUUGGAUGCUACACAGGAAAGAAUCAGCAGCGCUCGAUCAGUGUCGUCACAAAGCUCUAAAAAAUCAUCACACACAGCACUAUCUGACUCUGCGUCGAACUCAUCUGUGAGGUACACAGAAGCGUGCACGUCGUCACGGCAGUCUGUUUCCAUUGGUCCUGAGAAGAGUACCAGCAGAAUGCCACAUAGUGGAUCAAAGGCCCUGAUUCAGAGGCAGAGCUCCUCUGAACCCACGUCACUCUCCCCCUCCUGCAGUCAGCAUUCCACUAUGACACAGUCUCUUUAUGGAUUCCAGCAGCCUCAGUUAGGCGUCAUGCAUCAGCUGAAAGAGCAGCUAGAGGAGCGGACACGCGUCCUACAGGCCGACAUCAAAACACAACAACAAGAGCUGCACGACAUUAAAGAGAAACUACAACUCGCUAACAUACAGAUGUUACUCCAGCAGCCGAUUCAGGGAGAGUUUGCCAAUUCUGGUCUGCAGCAGCAGGGUCCAGGCAGGCCGUCCCAACACAGCACCCACCCCCAACCUCAACACUGUGUUUCACAUUCAUCACACACACUGCUCAGAGAACAGCCCAGUAGCUCAUCCGCUCAGGGGCAGCAGAGAUUGGUUCAGACUGGACACAUGCAGACCAUCAGUGUUCCAAUGCAAACACACACCAGUCUCACAACACCCUUCUAUAGCAACCCAAUGAUGUUCUCACCCAACCACGGACACCGAACCCAGCUCGACACAAACUGCCAAAGACACACACACACAGACUACAGCCAGGACGGACAGCUACGGAUGCUACUAAACCAACCAAUGCAGAUGCUUGUACCAGACAGCAAUGGGGGCGGCCAGGCUUCCCAAUGCAGCUCAACUAUUCAACAAACCAAAUAUCCUCUGGACCAGCAGAUGAUGGCUCCUUCCUUCCCUGUGCAGCAGGUGAAUUGCAACGCUGUGCUUGUCCCUUCCCCCGUCUUUACCUCACCAAUCAUGAUCCCCCAUAAUAGUUUCAUCACCCAUCAAGCCACGCCCACCUACACGCCUCACCCGUCGGCUGCCCCACACAGCUUACCACUACAACAACCUCAGCAGUUCUUUCAGAUGCAGCCUCAGGGUCUGAUUCACAGUGCUCCCACUCAGGCCUUAUUCCACACCCCAAGCAUUCCGCAGCAAAGUACUGUGGGAUACGUACAGCCACAACAACAUCAGCAGCAUCAUCACUCACAGUCCGGAAGCCUGUCGGACUACAGAAACAUGCUCCCACGGUAGCCCCACCACCAGGGAAAAGCCAAGAGGUUGCCGGGAAAGCACGGUGAGCAUUUAGCUCAGAAAGGCAUGAUGGGAAGGGACUCUCUCGGCUCAGGGGAAGGCUCGCAAGCGAGCCAAACCAAAAUCGAGAAAGCUAAAGUCCCUCAAAGUUUCCAUGACAGCAAAUGAUGGUGAUAACACCACAAGGCCCAAGGACUCUGCCUGGCCUGGACUGUACUGGAUGUUGGGAUACAUAGGAGGAGCCGGCUGGGGCGUGAUCCAUCUGUUAUUCAUGGAGACAGAGGUCACAGAGCAGUCAAGCAGGCACUUUGAUCGAUACGUAAAGGACAUAAAGCCAUGGAGGGUUUUUGGUACUGUAAUGUUACAGUUAUCUGGAUGUUUAAACACAAACAUACACAAAUAAGAAAAAAAAUCAAUGAAUCAAGUAAUGCCUUGACAGAGCGUAAACUCUGCUGCGUGUGUUCUGUCCUCAAAUGGAUACUAAAAUACUAACUAAAAGAGAAAUCAUCCCAACAAAAAGAAAAUUACAUGGUCAUGAACUAUUUUUCAUGCAUAAUAUUUUAUGUGUGUGUGCUGAUGGGAGGAGCUGGGCAUAAUUCAGCAAAAUAUAUAUAUAAAAAAAAAAAUGGCUUCCUGUUAUCAUGUGCAGAGCAGGAUCGCCCCCACGUUAAGAAACUUGAAUCACAAUGUAUAUUUCAAAUAUUUAAGAACACUUUAAAAGUUCGCACUAGCGCAAACUUUCCUACUGCUGAGUUCAACUCAAUCGCUGUUACUCUUUGUUUUUCUAUCCACUGUACUGUACAUAUAGUUUCUCCACAUAUUGGGAUCCGGAUCAUCAUAUUUCAGUACUUUUAUUCCAUAUUUAGGUUUAGGUAAACAUAGCUGCUCAGGACAAGCACGUUGGCUUCCCUGAUCAAACAGUUCUUUGAGUUUUCAGCCAUGAAUGUGGUCCUCAUGUCCAUACAGUAAAUCUACAUUGAUUUGAUGUCAGUAUGAGCACAACAGAUGUGCUUUUUAUAUUUAGUUUCAGUAUUACACAGGCUCUGUCUAAUUUUUGCUUUGUUAGAAGAGGGACUUUGUGAUUGUUUUAUGGUGGUGGGCGCAAGUGCUGCAGCAGUUAAACUGCAAAAAUGAAGAUAUAAAAUAAUGACAGGUUGAAUGAUUGAAGACAAUCAUAAUGUCAGGGCUGCAGAAAUGGAAAUGUUCUCAUCUGCCUGUCACUUGGGCAAAGUGUUUCACAAAUACAAUGCAAAUAUUAGUAAACAAAACACUUUUCAUUUUCUUUUUUUUUUUUUUCCAUUACAAUUUUUUAUUAUUAUUUUUGGGGAGUUGAUGUAGACACGCAAGUUGUGAACACUCAAAGACACACAAAUAAGAAAAAAAUCUGACUAUUGGAAAAUCAUUUACAUUUUUUUUUCUAGCUGGGACUUCAAGCUGCACUUUCUGCUGUCCUGUCACGCAUUGCACAUUUAAAGACUGGUUCUGAUUAUUUAUUUUUUUUAAACUAAGAAAAUUCUGUUUAAGACAGUCUAAAAUCAUGUGCCCUUCUGCAUGUUGUGCAAUGCAAAUCGGAAAAAACAAGAAUGUGUAAUUUAUUCUUAUCGAAGAGAUUUCUGUUUUUAGUCAGGUAUGUUUUCUUGUAUUAGCAAGAAAGCCAAUGUGUUGUUUGGUUGACAACAAAGUAUUUUUGUAUAAAAAGUUCCUCGACAUUCCUUCAGUCAUGUAUAGAAAGUGUGAAACUCCCGACUCUCUCAGGUGUGACAUCUUUGCACAGAUGUCUAGCUUGUUAAUCUUUAGAUCAAAUCCGAUGUUUCUGAUCAAACUACACUCAAAAGAAGCACUCCAGAGAUUAUUUUUUUUACAUAAUAUCAAAUUUUCCAUUCUCAAGAGCUCAUUUAUGUCCCCAGCCUGCCCAUCUGAACCAUUUCUAAAUGUUUUCAAAGGUUUGUAGAUAACAUAACUGGUUAUUCUCAGCAUUUUGUUCUGCCUCCCUAGAGUCGCACUAGAGAAGACGAGGAAGAUGUUUGGUGUAUUUGUCUUUCAGAUACUGUGUUUCAGAGUAUGACACACCUGGUUGUUCUGCAUCAGUGCCUCCUGUUCAUCACCUUCUGCUGCUCUGAGAUUAUCUUUGGCUCUCACAAAUGCUCUUUAUGUCUCUAGACAUAAGAGAAACUACACUUUGUCUCAAAUAUAACUCUAAAUUUUAGGUUAGUCUACCUAAGAAUCCAUCUCAAUAUGGUAGAUGUGUUUUAGAAUACAAUAGCUUAUCUAAGCUGGUUACUAGGUGGACAUUAGCUGGUCCAAGCAACAAAGACUAGCAACAAACCGGUUACCAGUUUAUGGCGGUCAAGCUAGUUUUUGGAGGAGCUAUAAAAUGACUUCCAUGUUCCAAAAGAAGUUUAAUCUGGUUGUUUCCGUAGGGUAGUAAACAUCUGCAAACAUUUAAUUUCUAAAUGAGUAGGACAAAUAAAUCCAAAGGUUGCAACUUAAGCCAGAUGCCAUUGUGAUUGCCAAUUUUAGAGUGUGCAUAGUCCUUUGAAUAAAAAUUAGCUGCUUGGCCCUUCAUUUAA